GAAGAAAACUGUUUCCGUGGUUACACUGGAUACACAAAUAACAGUUUUUGCAACAGAACCAUUAUUAAGAUGUGUAGCAGAGAUUGUUGUACCUUCAUCACAAACCACUGCUCUGAAGAUAAAGAAAAGUUGUCUGGAAGAAUACAAGUGGGCCAGGGACACUCAGAAUGUAAACUGAUCAAAUAUGAGCGAAUGCGGACCAUGGUAGAAGCCAAACGCCUCUCCUCUCAGCUCUCUCAACAGAAGGUGCAGAAGGUAUUGGAUACAGCUCAGGUGAAUAAGGAAAGGAGUGUUCUAAGACUGCAUAGACAAGUGUGGCUCCAAGAACAUCACAGACUCAACAUAGCCAGGCACAAGACUGAGAAAGACUUUCAACAUUUUCUUCAUGGAAUUGGACUUGAAGAAGCAGCAGACAUGGAUAGCCUUUCUCAGUUACAGGAGUAUGAAUUGGAGCUGGAAAAGGAACGUGAAAAGUUUCGAUUAACCACAGUAGAACCUGUUUAUCACCUAAGAGAUGAUCUGCAGUACAGACUGACAGCACACUGCUCUACAGCCAAUGACAUCAAUGAGCUAGAGGAAGUCUUACAGCAGGUUCUGUUUGUCAGACAGCAGCAAAAGGAGGUGAUGGACAGACUGCAAUGUGAAUGUGCAACUCUACAGCAUAACAUCUGUGUUGCUGACCUCAAGGAGCACCUGCUGUCUGCAGCAAUGGGAGACCAGGUAGCAUAUCUGGAGAAGGUUCCAGAGGAGAUCUUAAUUGCAGACUGCCCGUACCCUGACCUCAGAUCAGAUCUUAUUCACAGCUUCCACUCUCUCACUGAGAAAUAUAAACUCAGACUAUCAAUAGUGGAGAGCAGACUGCAGGGCCUGAACAGGAAUUGUGGCUGGAAUGCAGCAGAUCAUGAGUGUUUCCAGCACAUAAUGAGUCAGUAUUCCCCAAGUCUGAGGAACCAGCGCUCACUUUACAUUGACAUGCUGCAGAGAUUGCUGCCACAUAUAACCCAACAGGAAAUGAGUGCACAUGAGCGUUGGAGUGACUGGUAUCAUUUCAGCAUGACACAGAAGAGUCUGGUACUGCAGGGCUGGCAGCGUGAUCACUCAGAACUGCUCCUGACGGCACUGAGUGUGUUGGAGGACUGCAGGAUCUCUCACAUACAGCAGCAAGAACUUCAGAACCAGCGUUCACAUCAGCAGAAUAUCUGCCUCAAGCUGAGAGAAAAGCUCCAGCAGUGGCGCAUUCAGCAGGAGCAGGCUGCGGAGUUGGAGGCUACUCUUGCUGCUUAUUGGCACAAAGAGGAAGAGGAGAGACUGAGGAAAGAACAGCAGAGAGAAAAAACUAGAAGAGCUCAACUGACACAGCAGAUAAAUAGAUUCCAUGCAGAGAAGCAGAAGAGAAGAGAAGAGCAGAGAAAGCGGGAUAUGAAGAGGCUUGCAGAACUAAGGAGAGAGAUAGAACAACAGAUGCAGAGAGAUAAAGAAAGGGUGAAGUUCAGGAAAGAACUAUUACAGCAGAAACUGCAGAUGUGUGAAACUAAAGAAAAACAAAAACAGAAGGAUGAUAAGGAGAGAGAGGAGAGACUGCAAGCUUUAUGCAACCAGGUCUCUAAAGUAGCUGAGGCCAAUCCAGAGAGAAUGAUGGGAAACACAGUGGCAUGGAGAGUACGUCAACUUCCAGAAGAAGUGUUUGCAUUGCAAAGACCACUGUACCAGCUAAAUACAUACACUGAUAAACAGAUUGUGUCUGAUCCCAGAGUGCGUAUUGAACAGGCACUCAGAACCGCAGGUCUCCAUAACUCCCCUUAUGCAAGACAGAUUCUGAAUGAGAUCCAACCUCCAAAACCACACAGACGAGACAUGGAAUCCACUGCCUUCAGAACCUGACCAUUAAUUAAAUAAAUAUAUUCUUUUAUACAUCUUUUAACAUGUAUCAGUCAUACGGCUGUCUACCUUGUCUUACAAUAAUAAUAAAAAAGAAUAAUUAUGAAAGUUUUUGUUCCACAUGAUCCACAUGUUCCACAUGUUAGUGACUUUUUGAGCCAUGCCAUAUUUUAAUUUUUAAUGAAUUGGACACUUUAUUCCAAUUUAGAGUUUUUACAUAAAAACAUGUAAAUGUGUACAUUAUGAUGAUGGAUAUAUGUAUAUAAAAAAGUCAUAAAUUAUUCGAUGUAAAAAAACAAAUAAAUUAUAUCAGAACUUUUGCAUCUUAAUGUAAAAAAUUACAACCUAUGCAAUUCCACUGAUAACCAAAGUGAAACAUUUCAGAGAAAAAAAAUUAAAAUAAAAACUUUAAAUAACCUAACUGCAUAAGUGUGCACACCUUUUUAUAAUUGGGUAUGUGGCGCUGUUCAGAAUUAAAGGGUUAGUUCACCCAAAAAUUAAAAUUCUGUCCCUCCAUUAACAAUCCAUGCAGCUACCACUUUUAUGCUUCAAAAAGUUCAUAAAGAGAUCUUGAGCGAAUUGAGCGGUUUAGUCCAAAUUUUCUGAAAUGACUUGAUCGCUUUAUAUGAUGAACAGAUUUAAUUUAGGCUUUUAUUCACAUAUAAUCAUUGAUCAGUGAACAUAAACAGAAGCUCAACCAAACCUGCUUGACAUGCGAGAACAAACCUCUUGAGGAAACUCAAAUGUGCUGCAUAACACACGAGAAUGAACCUCAUCGUACGUCAAGCAAACAAGCUUGAGUUUCCGUUUACAUAAAAGCCUAAAUUCAAUCUGUGCAUCAUAUAAAGCGAUUGUGUCACUUCAGAAAAUUUGGACUAAACUGCUCAAUUCAUGUGGGUGUGUAAAUGAUGACAGAAUUUUCAUUUUUGGGUGAACUAUCCCUUUAAGAUAAAAUUCUUUGUAAAUAUGGCCCCUAGAAUGUUUUUGCAAAGAAGAAUGGGAAAAUAUUCUAGUCAAGUUGUGCCAAGCUUUGAGCACUGUAAUAAAAAUAAAAGGGUGCUUCAACUAAGUAUUAGCUCAGGGGUGUGCAGACUUGUGCAGUUAGCUAUUCCCAGUUUAUUAUUAUUAUUAUUAUUAUUAUUAUUAUUCUGAAAUGAGAUUUUGGUUUUCAGUGGCAUUGCAUUUCUUUACAUCACAAAAAACAGCUGUUUUAACAGGGGUGUGUAGACUUUUUAUAUCCACUGUAUUCGUAUGUGUGACAUUAGUAAGUUGCAGAAAUUCAAAACAAGCUGUUUUUGUAGCUUAGUUACAGUAGACUGUCUUUUUGGAUGCUUUAUUAGUACAUCAAAGUUUCAAUCUCAAAAGAUCAAGGAAUAUUUAAUUCCUCAUGACAUAGGCACCAAUUUAUGUUUCUGCUGGUGGGUGCCCACACUCUAUACACCAUACCCCAUUGUGUUUCACGAAGAGAAACUGUGUUUUUGUUUGGUUGGUAGUGUAUUUGCAGUCCAUGAGUGUUGUUCCAAAUCGCUCUCUCGCUGACAUACCAGUUGAUUUUGUUGUUAAUUACUUAAAAUACAAUUUUUGUGUCAGGUUGUUAUGUUGUAAUACUAAAUAUUAUGGUAGAACUAUGUGUAUUACGAUUCAUCGAGACCCGACGUGAGAUCCACCAAUCAGAGAUGUUCCUGAAUCUCAAUUGAUUUUUUGAUUGCUUAAAAUGAAUGGUGAAUAUCUUGUUUUUUUUGCGUGGGUGCUCGGAAUCGGUGCCUCAUGAUAUGACACAGCAUGUUAGAGGAAUCGAGACCUAACACUCUUUUUUCCACUUUUAGGCUUAUAUUUUCUUUUAUAUAUAAAGUACCCUCCAUAAGUAUUGGGACAGUGAAGACAAAAUUGCUCUGUUAACUCUGGUGUCAAGACAUCUAUAAAUAUGAUUAAAAGAUUAAUAUGAGGCAGAAGUACAGAAUGUCACAUUUUAUUAUUGACUGUUUCAACACAAAGUUUUACCAACUAAGAAGUACAGCACUUUUAGAGUUUCAUCCCUCUGCCUAAUGUGAGCAUAAGUAUUGGGACGGUUUAACUUAAAGUAAAUGUAAAAGUGUAAAAGCUAAUAUUUAAUUGUAAAUCCCUUGCAAAGCUAUCACAGGAGCGAGUCUGUGACCCAUAGACAUAACCAGACUCUUGGUUUCACAAUUUGAAAUUAUUUUCCGGGCCUUUAAUACAGCCAUUUUCAACGGUUGCUUGUUUUGAGGAGUUUCUGCCUUUAUUCACCUCUUCAGCUGGUGAAAUGCUUGUUCAAUAGGAUUUAAAUCUCAUAUGCCUCAUAUUAUUCUUUUAAUCAUAUUUAUAUAUGUCUUGACACCACAGUAAUUUUGUCUUGUCCCAAUACUUAAGUAGGGCACUGUAUAUAAAUAUAGGACAUUAGAUGACAGACAGGAAAGUAGGGUUUUUAGUGCUUUGUGUGUGUGUGUGUGUGUGUGUGUGUGUUUGGUUUUUUAUUAUUGACAGGCUUCAGAUUAAGAUUUGUUAAAGAACAAUUUUAAAGAACAAAUUUAACUUUUAGUUUGUAUAUUCCUGUUUGCUUUGUUUCCGUUUCUUGUUUGUUUCCAUGGUUUCCGAUUAUGUGUACCUGUGUCUAGUUUAGUUCCUCAGUAUGUCUUGUGUGUUUAAAGGAUAGUUGCUCCCUCGAGGACCACACCAGAGUUUUUGGACCUAGCUUUUUAAACCCACUACCCUGACCACUCUCUGAUUACUUUUUUUUUUUUUGGACUGGAUUCAAAUUAAAACAAUUAGUCCCCUUGCCUAUUGAUGGUGCUCGAGGGAGGAUUUUGUCAAGUUAGUGCUCAUCAAGAGUGGUUCCUCUUUCACCAUGGGUAAGGUGGAGGACUGUGAUUGCCACUCACUCACAUUGCACACAGAGCCUGAGCCCACACCCGCUACAGACCCCGAAUCUGAGCUUACGCCUACCCUGGACGCAGAGCCCUCCUGCCAGUGGAGUUUCACCCUGGGCCUGCAGCCAAGUACAUUCAGGAGUUACUAGUGUUACUAAAGUACAAACCCAUGACUCUUUUCAUGAACACAUCAUUUAUUUAGCUUAUUUCCAAUAAGCUGAUAAGCUUACUACAUAUAAUUUAAAUCAUAUUGGAUUUAUAAGUUAUAAUACAAAAAUUACACAGAUGAGGUGUAUGUUCAUUGGUUUUAAAUGUUAGGAGGUCAGCUGAGGAUGGUUUAAGAA